CCGUCUUUGUCUUCACCAGAGAAUACUUUACCAGCAAUCACUUCAGUCUCCUCACUACGGUACCAUCAACACUCGACGCGUUCUCGCCUUCUCCAUCCGCCCAAAUUGCUGUCGCUGCGGCUCUUACUGUGCUCUUGUGACCGGUCGCUCUGCCUGCGUAAGAGAGCUGACCCGAUAGCUGUAGACACGUCAACUCCAAAAACUUCGUCUCAGUUGAAUAGCACUCGCUCAUCAGCGUGAACUUUUUCCUUUCACUUCGCAAAUUAGGCAAAAGAGAGACCUUCUGGUCGUAGCGCGCCUGAUCACUUUCACUGUCACUGCUCUUGCUCUCUAUUUACCGACGCAGCAGUCAGCAGUCUCUGGUAGCUUUCAGUAAUCGUCGCAUCUUCUCUGCGUAGCGCAUACUCGGACCCUUAGAUCCUCCAAUUGGAUCAUAGGUACUGUAUUAGCACAGUAGACAUGGCGAACGUGGAACAGCUCGAUCCAUUGUUGCAGUCAUUGCAGGCUCUCAAGCCCCCAGGUGCAUCUAAAGGCAAGAUUACUGCCAUCACGAACCUCUGCGUUGGAAAUGUUCAGUCAGAAUCAGCAAUCACACAGAAGCUCUAUAGGCAUCUCAAGAGAACGCCGGGAACUCACAAGCUUGGAGUUCUUUAUGUUGUAGACUCAGUGACUCGCCAAUGGAUCGAAAAGGCUCGUCAGUCGUCUCAAGAACUGUCGGGCGGUGCAGCGCCCGAGGGCACGUUUGCUGCAGGAGUACACAGAAUCACCGAACUGCUGCCAUCUCUCAUCAACGACACAGUGCAGAAUGCUCCAGCUGACCACAAGACAAAGGUAGAAAACCUAGUUCAAAUUUGGGAGCGCGGCAAUACUUUCCCUGCUCCUACGCUGGCUGAGAUCAAGAAGCAGUUGGCUGAACCGGUGGCUCAAAAUGUUGCCUCGACUACUCCUCCUGGCAGCCCUCCGCUCAGCAUGCUCGUUUCUCUGGGCCUCCGCCAGCCUCCGCCAGCAAUGAGCGCUCCUCAGGUAGCCCCCGCUGCUCAAGCGCAACCCGACGCCUCGAGCAUCCUUGCUGCUCUGUCGCGACUCCAGCCUAUGCCCGCUCCAGCUGCAUCUGCUCAACCACCGCCUCCGCCUGUCAUACCCGUUCAAGCCCCUUCAGCAGCACCGCCUGCGGACCUCGCGGCCAUCAUGGCAGGCGCUACACGAGGAUACCAGACUCAACAGUCUCAAGCACCUCCUGCACCUUAUGGCUACCCUGCCCCACCACCUCAACAGUCCUACGGCCAGGCAUAUCCUCCCCCCACACCAGUUGGAGGAAUGCCCCCAGCAUACCCACCACAAUACCAUGCGCCUGUGCCCUACCAACAGCCAGCACAUCAGCCGCCAACCCCUAGCACUCCCAAUGCCCCCGGCUCAUUCUUGCCCCCACACAUCUUGAACAACCCUCAAAUACUGCCCAACGUCCUUCAAUUGAUCCAAGGCCUUUCUCAAGAAGGCAUCCCACAAGAGCAAUGGGGAGCUGUGCUCACCGCCCUAUACCCACCCCCACAGCAAGGCCCUCCCGCACAGGAUGCAUACCCUCCUCGCCCAGAAGACCGCGGUCACUACAGAGAAAGGUCGAGGGAUCGCAACGGCCGCAACCGAAGCCGCUCGCCAGAACCACCUCGCAACAACAACAACAACAACAACAACAACCCUGGUCGUCGCGCUAGUCCUGUGUAUGGUACCUACGACGCUUCUCUUGCCCAGUCCGCCCAAGACCAUGCUUCCUUUUCCGACAGACGUGGAGGUAGAGGCCGCGGCCGUGGCGGUCGCAACGACUAUCGCCAGCGCAGUCCACCUUCUGCCCGCACCCCUCAAUCAGACGACUCUCACGCUCCUCGCAACAUGCAGCCCAAGUGGAUCGAAAUAGACCCCACUUUGCCUGACAACCACAUCAGAGUCCUCAGCAGAACCCUCUUCGUCGGUGGUGCCAACGGUAAUGAAGCCGAACUACGUGCAAUCUUUGGUCGCUUCGGUCCCGUCCAGACAUGCAUUGCCAAUGAAGACAAGCGCCACGCCUUCGUCAAAAUGUGCAACCGCCAAGACGCCGUGGCCGCAAAGACCGCCAUGGAAACGACCAGAGAUCCCGACGUCCUCGCCAAAGCCCGCCAGACCAAAUGGGGCGUAGGCUUCGGCCCUCGCGAAUGCUGCGACUACAGCAACGGUGUCAGUGUUAUCCCCAUCGACACUCUGACAGAAGCCGAUCACAAGUGGAUGUUGACUGCCGAGUAUGGAGGUACCGGUGGUAAGGAAAUCGUAAACCAUAUGGUUGUCGAAGAACCCGAUAUCGAGAUUGGCGCUGGUGUGUCUUCGAAAGCUAUGAGCCGUCGCGUUGGUCCUGAUGGUGGAAGUCAUCGGGGUGGUCGUCGUGGCGGCCGUGGGGGUGGCAGAUUCAAUCACCAGUCCGAGUCUCAUGCUCCUCGCCCUGAGCCCGUUACCAUUGCUCCCCCUCCUCCUGUGCCUGGAUUCGGUUUCAUGAAUUUGCCUGGAAUGCCUCAGUUCCGUUAGUACGGCGAGGCCUCGUAAGCAUAGCACGAUGCAUUCCUCGAUUUUAGGCAUGGCGGAACAAAAGGUCACAGCAUUGUAUAUCAGCAUUACUUAACAAACAGCAGUCAUUCUUCUGCAAGUGGCAUAUCAAAUAGCGAAUGCCGCCAAUAGUUUAUAGCAAGAUAGACUUGAUUAUACAUAUCCAUCCCUUUGCCAACUCCCUCC